GGUCCAGCUAGCAUGAUGGCAUACUUGAUUAUUUCAGGUUUUUUCCUUACACGUUUAAGGAGACCAAUUGGCAAGAUGACUAUUAUAGAACAAAAAUAUGAAGGGGAGUACAGAUAUGUCAACUCGCGACUUAUUACAAACAGUGAAGAAAUUGCUUUUUAUAAUGGAAAUGUGAGAGAAAAACAGACUAUUCACAAAACCUUCCGUAAACUGGUGGAACACCUGCAUAAUUUCAUCCUGUUUCGGUUCUCGAUGGGUUUCAUUGAUACUAUCAUUGCCAAAUACCUUGCCACUGUGGUUGGUUACCUGGUUGUUAGUCGUCCAUUUUUGAACCUGUCUGAUCCACGUCAUCAGAAUAGUACUCAUGCAGAACUUUUGGAGGAUUACUACCAAAGUGGAAGAAUGUUGCUGAGAAUGUCUCAAGCUUUGGGUAGAAUAGUCCUAGCAGGCCGUGAAAUGACAAGAUUGGCUGGUUUCACAGCUCGAAUUACAGAAUUAAUGCAGGUUCUGAAGGACUUGAAUAGUGGCAAAUAUCAGCGCACUAUGGUAUCACAAGAAAAAGAUGCAGAUAAAAUGCAAGCUUUGCCUUUGAUACCUGGAUCUGGAGAAAUUAUCAACACUGAUAACCUUAUCAAGUUUGAUCAUGUUCCAUUGGUGACACCUAAUGGAGAUGUUUUGAUUCAAGACCUUAACUUUGAGGUUCGAUCUGGUGCAAAUGUUCUGAUCUGUGGGCCAAAUGGGUGUGGGAAGAGCUCACUCUUUCGUGUUCUUGGUGAGUUGUGGCCUUUGUUUGGUGGGCGUUUAACAAAACCUGUAAGAGGAAAGUUGUUCUAUGUUCCCCAGAGACCAUAUAUGACACUUGGAACACUCAGAGAUCAAGUUAUAUAUCCAGAUACUUUGGAAGAUCAGAGAAAGAAAGGAAUUUCUGAUCAGGUGCUGAAGGAAUACUUGGAUAAUGUCCAGCUGGGUCAAAUCUUGGAACGUGAAGGAGGCUGGGAUAGUGUUCAGGACUGGAUGGAUGUACUCAGCGGGGGAGAAAAACAGAGAAUGGCAAUGGCAAGGCUAUUUUAUCAUAAGCCCCAGUUUGCAAUUCUGGAUGAAUGCACCAGUGCUGUUAGCGUUGACGUAGAAGGCUACAUUUACAGCCACUGCCGAAAGGUUGGCAUCACUCUCUUCACUGUCUCCCACAGAAAGUCACUCUGGAAACAUCAUGAUUUUUACUUGCAUAUGGAUGGCAGAGGAAACUACGAGUUCAAGAAAAUAACUGAAGACACAGUUGAAUUUGGAUCUUAGUCAUGAACUGAACUGCUACAGAGACUGAUUACAGGAAGUGUGUAGAAUGGCAAGCAUUGUACAAUAAAACUACUCAGCUUGUUUUUAAAACAAAUUAACUAGGAUAACCCAAAACAAGCUGUUAAGCGUUUACUAUUAUGUAGGAUACUGCUAAUUGUGUAUAUGUUGGUUUAAUUAUUGAUAUGUACUAAGAAUGUCCUUAUUCUUGUGGUUUAAAAACCUGCCUAAAUUAAAUUGGGCUUAAAUCAGUGUAACCUGAUUCAUCCUGGGAUGCAAACCAUUUGAAAUCAGCUGAUUUGACUUUUGUAGACCUUCUUUCCCUUCAGUGAAAAGCCCUGUUAAAAUUAGGGUUGCUACCUCUCUUGUUUCUGCAAAGCAGUCUUGGAUUUUUGCUCUGUUCUAUGCAUAUUUCUGAGUUAUCUCACAUGGUGCAGGACAUUCUCCCAUCUUCCGGUCUGUGCCCUGUUAACUGAAAGAGCCGUUUCCUUGACCAAGCCUUGUGAUGUAGCCGAUAUGCCCUUGCUGAUAAAGGAUGGACUGAACCUAAAAGACAAAACUAAUUCCUUCUGCUAAAAUAAUUAACCUUGUUCUUUGCUGCAUUUUGGAUUCUGUUUAACAUCUGUCUGUCCACGCAACUCUCUGCUGCUCAGCAAUCCCAUUCUCUCCCAAUUUAGCAAGAGCUUCAUCCAUCCCAAACCCCAGCUGCCCUUUUUCUGUCAGAGAAAUACUAUGGUAAUGAAGCGUUGAGAAGAGGUUGAGGAAGGAAAGGACUGGCAAAAAAAAAAAAAAGGUG